CUGAGUGGACUAAAGAUGGGGGAGCAAGGUAAUUGGCUGGAGGCUAACAGAGGAGACUGGGUGGCCAACUUGGAUUCCCAGACCCAGACAGGUGCAGCCAAGGGCCCUGGGGACGACAUCAUAGAGCAGGCCAGGACCAUAGGCGACAUAGUGGGAGGUCAGUGGAUGGGACAGCGUCUCAACUCUGCGCUGCAGUACAAUACUGUUAACCACAAACAGAAACAGACAGUCAAACACAAAACAACAUCCGAUCUUAGUCUCCAUGACAACAGACUGGCUGAGACCAGGCCAAGGCGUAGAUUUGGUCUGCAGGGACGGGGAGGUGUCCAUAUGCGGCGGGAGAGAACAGACACAGACUCGGCUAGCGAUGCUCCGUCCUGCUCCUAUAGUUGUGAUUCAGAGAGACUGAUGGUGCCUAAGGUUAACCCCCUGACAGGUGCUGCCUUCAGCCUGCCUUCAAUAGGAUCUAUCAACUGGAACAUGGACCCUGCGACAACACAGACACUCCCUGGCCUUCGUCCUCCUCACACUCUCCUAAAGUUAAACCAGACCUCAGACAAUAUCAGUGCCUCAACACUUAAUUGCUACACAAGCCCAUUGACAAAUGACAGUAGUAGAGACGGAAUCAGUAAAGGUGGCAGCGCCAAAGAGAAGCGCUUCCCGUGUUCGUUCUGUUGGAAAUCCUUCAGUUUCCCCAUAGAGGUGGAGAUCCACCAGAGGAUGCACACAGGGGAGAAACCGUUCAGCUGCCACCUGUGCCGGGCCAGUUUCUCACACUCGUUCAACCUAAAGAGGCAUCAUAGGGUCCACACAGGGGAGAAACCAUACAGCUGCCCCCAGUGUGAGAGGAGGUUCUCUCACCAGCACCAGCUGAAGAGGCACCUGAAGGUCCACACGGGAGAGAGGCCGUUUGCCUGUACGCAUUGCGGGGAAGAGGUUCUCAGAGAGGAGCAACCUCAGGAUACACCAGCAGAAAAUGCACACAGCCCAUGUAUAGAGUAUAGUGACAUGUAAUAUAUUACUAGUUAGUUUGUAGUUAAUUCUGUUGGUUUUAGAUGUAGUAGGGAACUGGAUGAGGUGAACUGAGGAAAGAAUGAAUAUGAUGAGGCAGAGUAGAUUAUAUGGUGAUGGUUGGUGUGAUGGUGUCUGUAAAAAUGCUUCACUGAUGAAGGUGACAAAUAUGUCCCUUUAGGUUGAUACUGGUGUUUUAUAGUGAGAUAAUGAUAGUGCCUUAAUUCACUUAA